AUGGAAUCUAAAAAGUGCGUCGCUGUUGAUCCCAACCCUACACGUCAAAAAUACUACCUCUACAAUAGUGAACUACCCAACGAAGAUUACUUCCCGUACCUUGGUGUUCUUAUAAAAUCCGGUGGUAUUGUCGACAAAUCAGCACUCUUACAACAAAACAUUAACAAAGCACUUGGAACGAUGAAACAACUUAUUACCCUUGGUGUCAACAAAAAUGGGUUUGAUUACCUCCUUUCAACACGCUUCUAUGCCCAGAUAGCCCGACCACAACUGGAGUAUGGUCUAGCAAUUACAACCUUCAAUUCACGAGAAAUUCAAUCUCUCGAAAACUGCCAAAACCAAUGCAUUCGGCAAAUCUUCGGCGGACGACUCUUCACCUCUACCAAGGUAAUGCUACACUAA